GUUGGUGCAAUAAAGGCGCGAAAUGUUAAAAACAAAUUAGAGGUCACAUUUUCUCCACAGUUUAGUUCCUUUAAGUGUAAGCAUUAUCCGUCUAAUUUAUCCUCUAUUGUGCUGCAAAAAAUGUCCGAAGGCAUUGCUGACUUGGAUGUGGAAGAGCUGGAGCAGCUGUUGUUGGAAAAUGCCGACGAUAAUGAGUGUGACGAACAAACGAGCCCGCUAAACAGCAGCACGCAAUACGAAUCUCCAAAACCGAAGUUAACGCUUGCAGGAUCCAGCUUUCUGGUGGCCGAUACAGAAAGCAACCUAAGUGGAGAAACAUCUUCCGCACCCUUAGCAGAAGGAGCAACGGUAACGGCCGAUGCCGAUAUUGAUUCGUCCGAUGAGGAAGAAACGAGAAACUUUCUCGAGCGCAAGUACAACCAGUACGGGCGGCAAAUUAACGAUCUGUUGAAAACGAGGGAAGCGGAACAAACGGACCAAGCGCUAUCGAAAUGGGUGGACCGGAAGCUGUGGCAAAUCAACCGAAGCUCACCACAAACUCCUUCCGGGGAGAUUACGUGUAAACCCCAACCAACAACUCCGACAACAGCCACCGGUAGCCGUGCACUAAGCAAGCAGGAUCCAACACCCAACAAUCCCAUCAAGCAAACUCCUGCCAGUAACGGAGCUAUACCGGCCGUUUUUCAGGCAACAGUUCACACCGACCCGGUGUUCGGGCUGCGCAUUAUACAUCCGCUCGUGUCGAGCCAGACGUUGCAGGAACGUAUGCAGGAGAAGAGGGCGGUCCCUUUCAUGCGCCUUCGAGCGUUUACAGAAACGGCCGAUCUUCAGCAGGACUGGGUUAUCGGGGGUGUGGUGAUAAGCAAAACGCCCACCAAAACUACCACCAAGGGCAAACAGUUUGCCAUCUGGAAGCUGAGCGAUCUGCACGGUGACAUCAAGAUGGUUAGCCUGUUUCUCUUCGGCCAGGCGUACAAGGAUCUGUGGAAAACGGCCGUAGGUACGGUGGUGGCUGUGCUGAACCCAAACGUGCUAAACAAUAACGGUGAGAAAAACACGGAAGCCACCCUUAGCAUUGAUCGCGCUACGAAGGUGAUGGUGCUGGGGCAAUCGCGUGAUUUCGGCACCUGCCGCAGCCGGAAGAAGAACGGGGACCCCUGCACGGCGGUGGUGAAUUUGGGCAAAUGCGAAUACUGCCUGUACCAUAUCAAGCAGGAGUACAAUAAGGCGGGCAAUCGUGGCGGUAUCCUAACGUCGACCGGUGGCCGCGGGUUGAACGAGCUGCGGAACAAAGUGCUCGGAAAGAGUGAGGUAUUUUACGGCGGCCAAAGCUUUAGCGCGGUGAAGGCGGUUAAACAUCCCAAACAGAUCGAGAAGGAUCGCAACCGUAUGAUGACACUGUCCGAUUACUUUCGAUCACCGUUCGAAGGUGGUAGUGGGAAUGGUGGCGGAUCAUCAUCGACAACGGCUUCCUCAACAUCCAGACCCCUACCGUCUUAUCGAGCGGCUGCUGCAGCAUCGGCAAACAAGCCUCAAAAAUCGUCUGCCGCACGGGUCGAGCUUAGCGUUGGCCAGCGUAUGAAAGACUUCCAGCGCCUGCAAAGUCUCGGCGUAUCGAAUGAAUCGUUGCAGGAACUACGGUCUUCCAAACCAUCGCUCGAGCCUAAACCGGCGAGCGGCCAGUCACCUGCUGCACCGUCCUCCUCAUCCAGCUCGCUAGAGAAUCGCAAAUUCAGCCUAGAAAUGGUACCUCGCCUAAGCAAGGAUUCGUUCGAUAUCGACUUCUCGAAGCAAGUGGCCCUGAAGAAAGCGCUCCAGUCGCGUGCCCGAGCAUCGGAAAUUAUCAAACGAAAACCGAUCGAAAAAGUGGACCCCAACUUCAUCAAGUACCGCGGCACAGAACAGGGCAAGAAGCGUGUGCUGGAAGAGCUGUCCAAGAAUGCACCGGGCGAAGAGAGCGCCGCCAAGCGCCAAAAGCUACAGACAGAACUGGAUGAGAAGGAACGCGCCAAACAGGAGCACAUGAAACGCAUCAUUGAAGCGUCCUCCUCGCACCAGGAUCUGAUCGUGGCGAGUGAAAACGCCCAGCAAGAACAGUACUUCAAAUCGCUCGAACGCAAGGAGGCGAUGGAAGAGAAGAUGCUGAACACGUUCAAGAUGCCGUGCAAGGCGGUCAGCUGCGCGCAGUGCAAGUACAUUGCCUUUUCCGCUGCGGACCGGUGCAAGGCGGAUGGGCACCAGCUGCGGGUGCAUGAUGCGGAAAAGCGGUUCUUCCGCUGUGCCGACUGUGGCAACCGGACCGUCAGCUUGUUCCGCAUACCGAAGGUUAGCUGCAAGGCUUGCCAAAGCUCACGCUGGGAACGGUGUGCAAUGAUGAGGGAGAAGCGUGGCGUACAGAUAGGCGAUGUGCUGUCGAUCCGUGGCGAUGAGGAGAAGUAUCUGGGCAGUUUGGCGGGUGCGAGCGCUAGCUUGAACUUGCUCGUUCCGGCGGAGGAAAGCUGAGGGUGACUGGGAAAUGGAACACACGAAUGGCACACAAAGGGUUCAAUAAAUGUAUCACAGCUGACUGAUAUGGUAGAUA